AUGACUGAAACAGAAAAGACUAGAUCACCAACCCCCGAGGAGCCAACGCGCGCUCAACUGGACGAUCUCAUCGCCCGCGCCGCCGCCAAAGAUGCCUCCAAAGAUCACAACGCCGCUUCAGAGCUCUACUCACAAGCCACCGAGCUCCAAGCCGCGCUGAACGGGGAAUUGUCGCUCGAGAAUGCCGAUCUCCUCUACGCUUACGGUAAAUCGCUAUACAAUGUUGCCGUCAGCAACAGCGACGUGCUCGGUUCCAAGGCCGCUGGCGAGCCUGCUCAAGGCCAAUCGAAAAAUACUUCGUCGGCCAAAUCAGCGCCCAAGAGCGAGGGCUUGAUCAAAGACGCGAUCUCAAACAGCGCCAAAACAACGGAUGAGAAGACAAAGUCUGAGCCGGCACAAUCGAAGCCGCUUUUCCAAUUCUCUGGUGAUGAUAAUUUUGUCGACUCGGAUGAGGAGGAGGAGGACGCAGAACAAGGAGAAGAGGAGGACGAAGACGAUGAUGAUUUCGCCAAUGCCUUUGAGGUCCUGGAUCUUGCGCGCAUUCUUUAUCUCAAGAAGCUGGAAGCUGCAGAGGAGAACGAUACUAGCAAGGGCAAAGGCAAAGGCCACUCUACCGACUUGCCAGACGACCUAAAACACAUCAAGGAACGCCUUGCGGAUACCUAUGACCUCCAAGCGGAAAUUUCUUUAGAGGCCGAGCGAUUCUCCGAUGCGGUGACGGAUUUACGCACCGCGCUUGAACUCCGCAAUGCCUUGGUCCCCUUCGAGGAUCCCUCUGUCGCGGAAUGCCACUAUAAACUGUCUCUUGCGCUCGAGUUUGCCUCUGCGCAACAACCGGGCGAUGAGGAGGAAGAGCAGCAACCAAAGACCAUUGACGAGGGAAUGCGCAAAGAAGCCGCGACUCAUAUGGAGCGUGCGAUCGAGAGCUGCAAGGUCCGUAUGAGACGGGAAGAGCAGGAGCUGGAAGCGGCCACGGAUAUGGAAGAGGAUAAGGUUACUGCCGCGAAACGGAAGAUUGCGAAUGUCAAGGAGAUUGUCGCUGAUAUGGAGCAAAGACUAAUUGAUCUCCACCGAUCCCCCGUGUCCCUCGAGCAAGAAGACCAAGGGAACGAAGCCAUGCUCAAAGGCAUCCUUGGCCAAAUCGUUGGCCAAUCGGCGACAGAUCAGAAAGCGAAGCUGGACGCUGUGAGCAAGGGCGCAACAGAUCUUUCCUCCCUGGUUCGCCGGAAGCCUGCUGCUAGCCAACCCUCCCAACAAGGAUCGAAACGCCCGGCUGUUGAUGAUGCUGAGACGGAAGAAGACUCGAAGCGCGCGAAGGUGGAAGACGCAUAA